CUUCUCUUCCUUACCUUCUUCGUGGCCAGCAAUGCCAAGGUCUUUACCAAAUGUGAGCUGGCCUCUACCCUGAAGAGAGCCGGUCUGGAUGGAUACCGUGGUUACAGCCUGGCAAACUGUUGGCGCCAUAGAGAGGGUUCGAGAUAAGGUUGAUCCCAUUAUGACAGCCCAAAGCUUCAGUGGACUUUACAGAGACAGCCCAAAGGUCAGAGUUGUACCAUAUAGACAGCACAAUGAUCAAGAAGUCACCAUAUAGACAAUAGAAACUCAGGUUGGCACCAUAGAAACAACCGAAGCCAAAGAUGGUACCAUGGAAGCAGGUAAAUCUCAGUAUAUCAGCACAGAGACAGAAAAAGCUUGUGUUGGCACUAUAGAGACACCCCAUAAGUCAGGUAGGUACCAAAGAGACAGCCUAAAGCCUAGGUUUGUUCCAUCCUGCUUCCUUAUUUUGGGCACCAUGAACCUUCACAGACAAUACAACACUAGCAAAGAUAGGUACCAAGUGUAAUGGCACAGGUCAUGUAUCUCAUGGUGCUCCUGGAGGACAAGGCCCAGCUAAGGUUGCCUGAAUAUAUAUUUUUUUAAUGGGUGAUAAGAACCUGUACAGCCUCCACUAUGCAAGCACUCAAUAAAAAAAGAGAUGGGGGAAAAACAAGCACCAGGUCCUACCUGGUGGUUUUGGGAGUGGGAUUUAGAUUUUAAGAAUCUUUUUUUUCUUUUUAAAGGGAUGUGUUUGUCUUACUAUGAAAGCAAAUACACCACCAAUGCACUGUACGACAAUGGUUGGAGCCGUGACUAUGGAAUCUUCCAGAUCAACAGCUACUGGUGGUGUAAGGAUGGAAAGACAUCUGGAGCUGUGUCUGCUUGUAACAUCAGCUGUAACAAUUUGAUGAACGAUGACAUCAGUGAUGACAUCACAUGCGCCAAGAGAGUUGUCUCAGAUCCCAAUGGCAUGGGAGCCUGGGUGGCUUGGAACAACUACUGCAAAAACAAGGAUGUGAGCAGCUUUGUCAGUGGAUGUGCUCUGUGAGGAGGAGACGUAGACCCCAUGGCGGUGCCUUCAAGAUAUUUACAGAUUCUUUUAGAUUAUGCUUGAAUCAUGUUUAAAAAUAACUGAACAAAUAAAGAUUUUGC